ACCUUCGAAGUACUGAGGGAAAAGACGCCACGAGCAAUCGAUCAAUGGUCCUCCCUUGCGACAAACCCCGUUUGUGUGGAAAGAUCCGGCGAUGAAACACUCAUAAAAUCUCCGAGGACAGUCUUGUGCUAACCAGCAAAUUGAAUGUCAUCAUGACGUGUCGCAUUCGCUUGACCACAUAUAUUCCUACCUUGACUAGCAUGUAAUAGCUAAUCUUCAUUCAUCACUUUCAAUGGCUCCCCGUUUCAUACCCAAGCCAGGUACUGCUCCCAACGUCGCUCGUGACGCUAAAGAGGUCUAUAGCACUCUUAAAUGUGGUGGAGUUGUCAUCAUCCCAACCGAUGUCGGCUACGCACUCUUGACCAGCACACAGGCGGGAAUUCAGCGGAUUUUCUCAGCCAAAGACCGUCGGGAGGGGCACAAUAUUGGCAUUAUCGGGACAUACAAACAGCACCGAGAGACCCAUUUGCUCUCCGAGGCCAAGUUUGAGAUGACAAGGGUCUUGACAGAAGAUAUGGCGAUGAUUGUCGGGAUCAUUGCCAAAUACGAUACCGAAAACCUUCACCCACGCCUGGCAGCUCUUGAUUCCGCUACGCUAUCCCACGUCACGAAGGGCGAUACGAUCAGUAUCACAGUUCCCGAAGGUCCGUUUCUGAGGGAACUCGGUCGCCUUUGCGAUGAGGACUCGGAUGGCAUGUUAACAUUCGGAACUUCGGCCAAUCUGACCGGCCAGGGGCAACAAUUCCAGAUUGAAGAUAUUGAUCCGAGGGUGCUUGACGCGGUGGACUUGGUAGUGGAUUAUGGUCUGCAGAAAUGGCAUGUGUACAGGCGCGGCGGUGUGAAUUUCGAUGCCGAGAACAUGAAGGUGCUGCGAAAGGGAGCUGGAUACGAAGUAUUUUGCGACCGAAUGCUUAGAUGGUUUCCUCACUUACUAGCGGAGGCAGGUGUAAGCAUUGAGGAGGACCCGGAUUACAAGACUAGCGAGCCUGGAAUGCCUGCUACCUAAAUCAAAGUCUUUCGCACAUUGACCCUGCGUGUAAAGAUUCCUCCGCUCUUGUUUAGGUUCCUAUAG